AGGGUGACUGCAUCGUACGAGACGAUUGCAUUCAGAUAAGUCUCUCGGGUCCUUCGCGGCAUCGUGGCUGAACCUGUCCGUGUCCCGUGGUUUUAUUUAAAAGUGUGUGAUUGCUUUCACGGUGAUCGAUAUCCGGAGUUCUAUGAAAAUCAUGAUUUGACGAGGAAGGGGUAGCAUGCGGCCGGACCACGUGAAGCAGCAAUGGAGAACACUGCGACUGCCUCGCAAGAUUCACUCCGUUUCUUGGGCAUUUUACCUCCUUGUUAUAUUGGGAUCGUAUCCGGUAUUAGCCGACAUAACUUUGCGAAACAUCGAAAGAAAUGUCGUGGAUUUGGUGGACGGUACCGGAAUGCAACAGGAACCAGUCGGGGUGCAAAUAAUCGAGAAUCGUUGUCACAGAAAUGACACGGUCGCUUAUGAUAUCGCGGAAAGUGCGUUAUUGACGAUCAAUACGUACACUCUAUUUCCUUCUGGCAUACCACGAGAUUUUUCAAUCUUAGUCGUCGCCAAACCAAAAGUUGGAUACCCGGCUGCCACGUUAUUUGCUAUCUAUAGCGAUAGUGGUGAGGAACAGUUGGUGCUAUCGUUGGGCAGUGACAUCACUCUUUACUAUAGCACCACUCCGGAUGAUGAGGACCGAUCCAUACCAUUUGGAAUUGAUAUAUCUGAUGGGAACUGGCACCGUUUCGGGAUCAGUAUUAAGGGCAACACAGCCACUUUAAUUCUUGACUGUGACAAACAGAUUUCUAAAGAAUUGCGUAGAAAUAUGGACGAAACAAUAAGCGUCAAUGGUAUCAUACUCAUAGGUCAACAAAUAGUCGAUGGUAAUAUGUAUCUGGGCGGCUUAGAAACAUUGAAGAUCGCUCCAAUUCCGGAUGCAGCGUAUGAAAUUUGCAAGAUUUUCGCUCCAGAUUGUAGAAAUCAAACGAAAUUUAAAUUUGGACGUAAUAGUUAUUCGAAUACUUGGAAUUAUGACCUCGCGGCACGUAUCACUUCGUCGACUUAUUACGAGGGUGCGACGAGUACUGAUAGCAGUCAGACGGUCAGAGGUCCUCGUUACGGAGACGUACCGACCAGUAGAUCGUAUUACGAAACAAACUAUGACACCUUGAAUUCGUCUAGGAGUCGUAGUAGAACACCUACGUUACCUCGUUCAAAUACUUUGGACAAUGCACAGGACGAAAAUUUCAUAAAGGAAACGGAAGAAGAUUACGAGGAGGGUGAAGACACGCUAACCGAAGUUAGCGAGAGUAACAAUUUAACUUAUAGACCCACGAUUCCAACGUACACGUUAAAGCCAAGUAUAGAAACGUUGCUUCAUAAUCAAAGCGCAAUUUUUAACAACGUCGGUUCACCUACGGUGAGUCAGUAUCAAACGACAAGUCCAGAAGCGUCCGAGGCAUAUGAAAACUUAAUCGGGGAAAACAAAGGGGAGUUGAAAUAUCUCGAGUCUUCCGAGGGAUCGUAUUACAGCACCGCUUAUUAUAAUACCAGGGGUCCACCGGGUCCGCGCGGAUUUCCGGGACCUCCAGGCGUGCCUGGGCCGCCCGGUGAAAAAGGAGAACCAGGCAGAGACGGGUUGGCAGGUUUACAAGGCGUGCCUGGUUCACCGGGUAACGUGUUCAUAAUACCGUCGUUGAAUCAACAAGGAAAUGAGAAGGGGCCGGAUACACAAGCGGAAGCUUUAAGGCAAAUGCUUUCGCAGCACAUGAUGGCCAUGAGAGGUGCCGAAGGUCCGAUGGGUUUGACAGGUAUUCCGGGACCCGAAGGACCUCCAGGACCUCAAGGCCAGAAAGGAGAGCCGGGAGAAAUCGGCGAGCCAGGAUCGCGCGGUGAAAGAGGAAUACCUGGAAACACUGGUAGAGAAGGCAGGCGAGGACGACCUGGAAGGGACGGAGAACGAGGUUUAAGUGGACCACCUGGAAUGAAAGGUGAACAAGGUUUACCGGGACUGCCUGGACUGCCAGGAGAUAAGGGCGAAAGAGGACCACCGGGUGUUACUGGUGAACAGGGUUUACCAGGUCAUGAAGGGAUGCAAGGUGACGAUGGACCUCCAGGUUUACCAGGUUUACCUGGUGAAAUGGGGCCUCGAGGAUUCAUAGGACCGCGAGGUUUUCCUGGAUUACCUGGCAAUCCUGGUAUUCCUGGAAGCGAAGGUCCUCCGGGAGCAAAAGGCAAUACUGGUCCGCCAGGCCCGUCAGGCCAACCAGGUCCAUCUGGACCGAUCGGGCCUGUAGGUCCACCUGGGCCUCAAGGUCUUUUAGGACCAACUGGUUUAGUCGGACCACAAGGAAAACCGGGAAUUCCCGGUCUGCCAGGAGCGGAUGGAUCCCCUGGUCAUCCGGGAAACCCAGGUGGUCCUGGCAUGAAAGGUGAACAAGGACCACAGGGACCACAAGGUCCAGUAGGUUUCCCGGGAGUCCGCGGUGUGAAGGGCGAUGAAGGUAAACGUGGACUGCCUGGUGAACGAGGCGAGAAGGGAGAUAGAGGACCAGAGGGAGAGAAAGGUGAUCUAGGCUCAAAGGGAGAGCCUGGAUCGCCAGGUCCGCAAGGAAUUCCUGGCUUGGAAGGCUUGGAAGGUCCGAAGGGUUUCGAAGGUCAGCGUGGUGAAAGUGGAUCGAUAGGUCCACCUGGUGAAAAGGGUAAAACUGGAUCACCGGGUUUCAUCGGAUAUCCGGGUAAUUUUGGUGAAAAAGGUGAAAAAGGUCAACCGGGAAGGGAAGGGCCUAGCGGAGAUAAAGGGGAGAGGGGUAAUAAUGGUGUAUCAGGCGAACGUGGCGAACCAGGGCCCAGAGGAUUUAGAGGAGCUCGUGGAAGACGAGGUGCCGAGGGAUUGCCAGGGCCAAAGGGUGACACCGGACAGCCAGGUCCGCAAGGAUUGCAAGGAGAACCUGGACCGCCAGGGAUCGAAGGUCCGCGCGGAUUCGUAGGAUCUCCCGGGCAAGCUGGUCUCGACGGAAAAGAUGGAAUUCCUGGUCCUCCCGGAGAACGUGGACCAGUGGGCGAUUCCGGAUCACCUGGACCUUCGGGCACACCUGGUGUUAUCGGUCCGCAAGGUCCGGCCGGUGAACCGGGUCAACCGGGAGAGCCUGGGAGUCCAGGAAAUCCAGGAACUCCAGGAGAAACAGGCCCUCCUGGAGAGCAAGGAAAGGAAGGAUCGCCGGGACCAGUUGGUCUUCCUGGAAAGGAAGGACCGCCAGGACCUGGUGGAUUGCCAGGAUUUCCUGGCGAACGAGGACUAAGUGGUUUACCUGGAAUGCCCGGUACAAAAGGUGAAGUAGGACCACCAGGACUUCAAGGUCCACCAGGUGACAAAGGUGCUCAAGGAGAAUCUGGAAUAGACGGAGAACCGGGUCCUCAGGGAAGUAAAGGACCAAAAGGACCACCCGGAGCAGUUGGUUUGAAAGGCGACAGGGGUGAACCUGGUCCGGCAGGCUCUACUGGACGAGACGGAUUACCAGGACAACGUGGAUUGCCAGGAUCUCCCGGUCCUGUCGGCGUUCCAGGAGAAGAUGGAGACAAAGGAGAGAUUGGUCCGCCCGGUGAGAAAGGAUUCAAAGGAUCUCAAGGAGAAAUGGGUCCUCCAGGAUCACCGGGAAUACAAGGAAUUCGUGGUGAACCUGGUACCAUCGGUUUACCAGGUGAAAAGGGACCACCUGGAGAAAUCGGAAGGCAAGGACCAAAAGGUGAGGAUGGUCCUGUCGGUGCACCAGGACCUUCUGGUCCUGUGGGGCCGCAAGGAAUGCCUGGCCCUCCGGGAUUGAAAGGAGAAAUGGGAGACGUCGGUGCAGUUGGUCCAGUAGGACCAGCUGGAAGUCCAGGUGAACAAGGUCCGAGAGGAUACAAGGGAUCCGAAGGUUUACCAGGACUUCCAGGACCAGAAGGUCGACAAGGCGCAAAGGGAGAAGCCGGUGCCCCAGGACUCCCGGGUCCGAUGGGUCCUGAAGGAAAGCUGGGUGAAAGGGGUCCUCCAGGCCCGAAAGGAGAAGAAGGAAAAAGUGGUCCUCCGGGACCGCCUGGUAGCCGUGGUAUAAACGGUCCGGAAGGACCGAAGGGCAGCGUGGGACCUCCUGGUUUUCCUGGACCUCCCGGAGAACCAGGUUUGAUCGGAUUAAAAGGGGAACCUGGAAGAGAUGGAGAAGAUGGGAAAUCUGGUGAUCCUGGACCACCGGGAGAGACAGGUCCUCCGGGAAAAGAAGGAUUACCUGGAUCCCCUGGGAAACAAGGAUCCGAGGGUCCGGCUGGAGUACAAGGAAGCCCAGGGCCUCCAGGAGAAAAAGGAGAUGUUGGUCCGUCUGGAGCACCGGGUCCUCAAGGUGCUCUAGGCCCUCAAGGAUUUCCGGGACCAACUGGUCUGCCAGGUAUGAGAGGACUCCCAGGACUUGCCGGUGAAAAUGGGCCACCGGGAAUGCCAGGCGCUGUCGGUGCUCCAGGGAAAGCUGGACCGGUCGGACCAAAAGGACCAAAGGGCGACAGAGGCAAACGAGGACUCAAGGGGCAUCGAGGUGAAUUAGGUCAGGUUGGAUUAAAAGGCGAACAAGGUGAAAAAGGAGAACAGGGACCGCGAGGUGCUCCUGGACCUGAAGGGCCGAAGGGCGAUCAGGGACCGUCGGGUUUAAUGGGAUUCAAGGGAAACGAUGGACCACCAGGACUUCCUGGAAUGGAAGGACCGACGGGACCUAAAGGAAAUAGUGGCAACGACGGUCCAAAAGGUGAAACGGGUCCUCCAGGGCCUCCAGGUCCUCCUGGACCACCUGCGGAACAACCGAUGAUUCCUCCUGAAUUAUUGUUCACCAGGGAGCAAAUUUUGCGGAAGAGACGCGACACUUCGGACGACAUUCAUAACUAUUCUUCGGAAUUUAGAGACGGUGAUGAUAAGGAAAAAGAAAAUUCAGAAAGUUCGGUCAAGAAGGAGAAAAUAGAAGAGGAGCUUGGGCCGAAAUUCUUAGACAUGUACAGUUCGAUAUACGCUAUGAGACAGGAACUGGAUCGAAUACGUAAACCGAUUGGAAGCCGAGAAAAUCCGGCGAGGACUUGCAAAGAUCUAUUUUACGGUCACCCACAGUUUCAGAACGGAUGGCAUUGGAUCGAUCCGAACUUGGGAAUGCCUGACGACGCAGUGUACGUUUAUUGCAACAUGACGAACAUGGGCGAAACUUGCGUAUUUCCAGACACCCAUACGAGUCAAAUGCCAAACAUACCAUGGAGGAAGGAAGACAAUAAAACAGAUUGGUAUUCGAACCUACGCGGUGGAUUCAAGAUUACGUACGAGACUAUAGGAGUCGUGCAGUUGAACUUCUUGCGUUUACUGAGUCAAGAGGCCAGUCAAAAUUUUACGUACACCUGUAUCAACGGUGUUGCUUGGUACGACGCGCUGAACUCUGACUACGAUUCUUCUUUACGGCUAUUAGGCGCAAACGAGGACGAAUUUUCGCACACCGGUAUCAAGCCGCAAAUCGUAGCCGACAAUUGUAAAAUGCGGAAGAACAAAGGAGAGACGGUGCUGUUGAUUCAAAGUAGAAAGUUGGAUCAAUUACCGCUGGUUGAUUUUUAUCCGGUCGACUACGGAUCGCCUCAUCAGGCGUUUGGCUUCACGGUGGGACCGAUUUGUUUCAAAUAGAUUAAAAAAAUGAUCGAGCUUCCAUCGGCAAGACUGAAACGAUUGAUUUCAUAAUUGUCUUCCGUAAUUUUCCUAUUAACACUGUAAUUAUAGUAAAUAAUUUAUUAAUCGACUAAAUUUAUUUCGUGCGUCUAAUUUUUGCUGAUAUGAGAUGCACCGAUCGUUUUAUUCAUGUACUUAUGUUUUCCAAUGUAGACAAAGAUGGGAAAGUGCGAUUCGAAACUUAAAUAGAAUAUAAGAGACACAUAACGUUUUAAUACUAUUAUUUAUGUUAUACUCACUGCCACGUGAACUACUUAUUAAUUCUGUACGGCAAUUUUUCACAUAUUUAUAAAUAAAGUGCAAUA